UGCAAUAUUUUGGGAUGAUCAAAUGUGAUAGACUUGGUACAAUGAUCCAGGACAAUUCAGAGGGACUGAGACCAAGAAGGCUCUUGAUCCACCUCCAGAGAAAGAACUGCUGAAGCCAGAUCAGAGGAAAGCAGCCAAUGCACAAUUCCACUGCGUUUUACUUGUGUCGUUGAUCAAGACCUACUACUCCAUUUCUACAAUUCAUCAUUCUGUGGUCCUUCUUCUCACAGAAUUGGCAGAUCUUCAAGAAAGAAGCUUGUUAACUCCUGAAUCCAAAGAAUGAACUGUUGCAGAAAGAUGCUGGAAAACCCACACUACAUCAAGAAGAUCAAGAAUGAAGUUUGGAUAUGGAAGCAGCUGUGAGAGAGAAUGAAAAGGGGACAGUAGAAAAAACAGGGACCCUGUUCUUGGGUCCCUGACAAAUCGGAGGAGGAGGAGGAGGGCCCGGCCUGUGAUCUGGCAGAGCUCAUAAAAGGAGGGGACUGGACAGGGCCCCAGAACCAGCUUCUGCACCCCAGGGUGUGGUGAAAAUCCUCUGGGACCAUCCCAAGGAUCCCAGCAAAGGGCCUCGGUUUCUCCCCUCAUGGCCACCCCUUAGCAGGUUCGACCGAGCUCAUUGGUUGUGGGUCUUCUUGUCAGCCCUGCUCCUUUCUGGAACAACAUCAGACCGAGAUGGCGCUGCUGCUGCUUCUCUCUGUGCUUGUGGGCCUCUCCGGAAUGGCUGAAGGCCAAGGGGUCCACCUGGGCUGGUGUCCUGAGCCUCCAGUCCAGGAGAACUUUGAUAUCAAUAAGUACUUGGGGAGGUGGUACGAGAUCGAGAAGAUCCCCGUCAGCUUUGAGAAGGGAAGCUGCAUCCAGGCCAAUUAUUCCUUGAAGGAAAACGGGAAGAUUAAGGUGCUCAAUCAGGAGAUUCGUCCUGAUGGGAGUGUGAACCAAGUGGAGGGGGAGGCCGCCCAGGCCAACCUCACGGAGCCCGCCAAGCUGGGAGUCAAGUUUUUCUGGUUGAUGCCCAGCGCCCCCUACUGGGUCCUGGCCACCGACUACGAGAACUACGCCCUCGUGUACUCCUGCACCACCUUCGUCUGGCUUUUCCACGUGGACUACGCCUGGGUCCUGGCAAGGCACCCCCACCUCCCCCGCGCUGUGCUGAGCCAGCUGAAGGGCAUCCUCUCGGCCAGCGGAAUCGACGUGGAAAGGAUGACGCCCACCGACCAGAUGAACUGCCCCGAGUUCCUCUAGGGGGGAGGGGGGCUGCCCCUUGCUUCGCUCCCUGGAAAGAAGACGGCGCCCGGGGAAGCUGGGAUCCGUGGGGGCUGGGGACCUUUGGGAGAGGCGGAGGCCCCCUUGGACCAGUGGCUCGGCAAGCCGGGGCCUCCUGCUCUGCCUGCCCUCUGACCAGCCCAGGCGCUCAGCACGGCUUCGCAAUAAAACUCCAGGCCCAGCUUUAA